UCGCUACGGGAGGGCUGCCGGAGGUGAGCGGGGCUGGAGGGGUCGGGCCUGGUUCGGUUCUCGCCUUCCCCGGAGCCGCUCCGGCCCGCCGGGACCGCGCUCCCAGCCUGACCCCCAGCCCGACCCCAGCCUUCAGGGCUGCCGCCAGCAGGGGGGUCCGCGGGGGGCGCAGCGCUGAGGGAAAUGGAGUAAAUUCUCCGGUUUCGUUGCAGAGAAGCCUUGUCCUGGUUUCUGUAUGAAUGUUCCAGGUUUAUUUCACUUUGCAUUCUUACUGAGAGGGGUGCAAACACCAUCAUGGGCAGGGUGGGUUCUGAGGAAGCAGCAGCUCUCUCUGCCCAGCCUGCCCUUGCUUCAGGCAGCAAGGAGAAAGAACUCUUUCCAUCUCCUUGAACUAAGUGAGGCAGAAUUAGAAGAACAGUUUGUAAGAGGGGAUGGCCCAGGAGGUCAAGCCACAAACAAGACAAACAACUGUGUUGUCCUGAAGCAUAUUCCAUCUGGGAUUGUGGUGAAGUGUCAUCAGACAAGAUCAGUGGAGAAGAACCGAAAGAUUGCCAGAGAAAUCCUGCAGGAAAAAGUUGACCUUUUCUACAAAGGAGAAGACAGUGAUGUUUUUAAAGAGAAGAAAACAUCAGAGAAGCAAAAGCAGGAGAAAAAAAGAAGAGCAAAGGAAAACCUAGAAAGGAAAAAGCUUUUUAAAGAGAUGCAACAAUUGGAUAAGGAAUAAACACGUGAAAUGUUGCCUUGCCCUGGCAGGCACCCUCACCAGCUGGCUCCAUGUUUUGGCCUUCAAGAAAGCCCCAAAGCCAGAGUAUGGAUUUUGAAGGCAACAGAGACUUCCAGAACUUCACCUCCUUGUCCCAGAGACAGCUGUGCCCUGUGCCAUGGAUAGAGUGCUCCAGCAAUCUGCAGGCCCCUUCCUUGUCCUUUCCUGAACUCCUGCAUGAAGGUUAAAUUUUUAUCUGUUGACAGCUCUUGUUCCUGGAGUAUGAAUCUGAUUAAAGUGACUGUACAUAGUUUUAAUACAAACUGUUAAUGAAAAUAAGCUUUAUUACGUCAAGUAAUAAAUACAUACAA